AUGAGAGAAAUUAAUUCUUUUUUUCAGGUCCCUAAUUUCCGUGCUCCUUGUGGCCUCACCAUACCCAACACAUUUAAGAGACUGGCUCAAGACUCUCGGAAUUCACAACUGAGGCUUGUCUUAGUGGGUAAGACUGGAGCAAGGAAAAGUGCCACAGGGAAAAGCAUCCUUAGAAAGAAAGCAUUUAUUUCUAGCAUUUCAGCAAAAUCUAUCUCUAAGGUCUGUGAGAAAGGGAGCAGCACAUGGUGCACCAAGGUACCAGCUGACAACACUGAAAGGGAGAUUGCUCACUGUAUCGUCCUGACCUCCCCAGGGCCUCAAGAUGUGCUCCUGGCCAUCCAGAUGGGCCAGUACACGUCGGAAGAGCAUAAAGCGGUAAAGAAAUGGGAGACGGUGUUUGGAUCCAAAGCCAGAAGGUACAUGAUUCUCAUCUUCACAGAGAAAGAUAACUUGGACGGAAUGGAGUUUUAUGAUUAUUUAACGGAAGCUCCUAAAGUCCUCCAAGAUCUGGUGGCUGAGUUCAGGGAUCGCCACUGUGUGCUCAACAAUAAGGCAACAGGGGCUGAGUAGGAGGCUCAGAGGGCCCAGCUGGACAUGGUGCAGUGUGUGGUGAUGGAGAAUGAGGGAGGGUUCUACACUAAUCAGAUUUUCCAAAGGGCUGAGGUGGAGAUUCAGAAACUGAUCCAUGCGAUACAAGAACAAAGCAGAGCUGAGCUGGAGAGGGAGAAAAGGCAGUUAAGAGAGGAGUACGAGGAGAACAUCAGAAAGCUGCAGGAUGAACAGGAGCGGACAAUAAGAAAGGCAGACAUGGAGCGCACCCUGGCAGAAAGGGAGAGAAGCUGUGCUGAAAGGCAGCAGAAUGCCAGAGCUGAAGCUGAGGGUCAGAAAGACAUACUUGACGUUAUCUUGACAGUAUUUAAUAUUGAUUUUUUAAUUUGGAACUUGGAUUAA